AUGAAAGUAACGAGUCAUCUAAACAAGUUACUGAAUAACAAUGAAAAGAACAUUAAAACUUUUGAAGAGAAAAUCAAUCAGCUUUUUACCAAUGUGAUGCAAAAAGGUUCCGAGUCAUCCUAUGACUAUUCUCUUUUCGGAGAGUUGAAUCAUUGUGUUUACAAUUUGCGAUCAUCAAGAUCCAUGGAUUUAAUUCUCGUAUUCCUUGAUACAACAUUUGAUCGUUUUAUUACUCAAUUUAUCCAACCAAAAUUCAAAGUAGAUGAUAAACUGGCUCUUCCGAAUAUUGAAACGUAUUUGGAUUCUUGGAAAAUUAUUUCCAAAGUUCAUGGAUGGCUGAAGAAAGUUUUCAAAGCCAUGACUGAGACUCAUGUUUUUCCUCGUCCAGAAGAUCAUUUGAUUGUCAAGUUUAAAUCAAGCGUUGUUGAGCAAGGUGAGAUUAAAAAACAACUCUGUAAAUAUGUGGUUGAAGAACUUGAAAAGGCUAAAUCCGAUCAGGCUUCUGAAGCUGCUGAGGCAAUUGAAAGGAAUGGAGAACAUGAUUCAAAAACAACACCACCUCAAACCUCUGCACACACCAUUAUCAAGUCAUUUGUAGAGUUGAAUUAUUCCAUUGAGAGUUUUGAUGAAGAAUUCAAAAAGUUGGCAUCCAAUAUAUUUUCAGAGGCUGAGGCUGAAUAUAUCAAGAAAAACCUUCCUAGUGCUCAGGAAGCUGCACCACGAACCAUAUCAUCAUCAUCAUCCUUAUCAUCCUUUACUCCAUCGUAUUACAAUGAAUAUCCAUACAAGGAACAUUUUGUAGGAUUGAAAAAUCAGGGUGCUCUCUGCUAUUUGAAUUCACUGAUUCAAGUGCUUUAUAACAUCCCAGCCUUUCGAAGAAUAGUUUUUCAGUGGAAAUAUGAUAAGGCUAUUCAUGGAGAAGAAGAAUAUUGCAUUUUAUUGCAACUGCAACAUCUAUUUGCCAGAUUAAGAAUGUCAGAAAUGAAGGCGAUUGAGACUGUCAAUCUCACCAAAUCCUUUGGUUGGGAGAGGUCUCAGAGUUUUGAACAACAAGACUCUACAGAGUUUAUGCGCGUACUUUUUGAAACAUUGAUUAACGAAAAGCUUCCAAUUGAAGAAAUAUUUGAAGGAGAGUAUAGCGAUUACGUAAUUUGCAGCAAGUGUUGCAAUAUUGGAGGUCGCAAAACAAAGUUUUUAGAUUUGCAGUUGCCUGUUCGAAGAUUGAAACAUUUGGAUGCAUCCAUUGCAGAGUUUCAAUUUGAAGAAUGUUUGUCAGGAGUGAAUCAAUAUUUUUGUGAGAAGUGCAAUUGCAAAGUGGAUGCAAAGAAAGGAAUUAAAUUAUUAAGAACUCCCGACAUUCUAAGUUUACAUUUAAAGAGGUUUGAUAUUGAUUACGCAACAUUCUCAAGAAUCAAGUUGAAUGACCCACUUGUGUUUCCUCACGUUUUGGAUAUGAACAAACAUUUAAACAGUGCUGCGAGUUUUACAAGUCAUGAAUUGGAUAUUGAAUCUUUGGACUCCAAGCACAAUAUUUACACUCUUCAAUCAGUGGUCAUUCACUCUGGAAGUGCUGGUGGUGGACAUUACUAUUCCUAUGAAAAGGUUGGAAACCAUUGGUAUGAAUUCAAUGAUUCCACUGUUACCAGAAUUGAAGAAAGUCAAGUUGAAAAAGCAUUUGGCUCAUCAUCUUCUCACUCCAAUGGUUACUUAUUGAUUUAUAUUAGAGAUGAACCAAUCAGCCAAGUCCAUCGACAGUUGUUAGAAAUGACUGACGAACAAGAACUAGAGACAAUUCCUAAGGAUAUCCGAAAUGUCAUUGCCGCUGAAAAUGCAAAAUAUCUUGCCGGACAAAGAGCCUAUGAAUUCAAAAAGACAAAAUUAGAAUUUAAUGUAUACACUCAUGAUGUUCAUGGAGAUUUGAAACAUGCAAAGAUUGAGUGUGAGAAGGAAAGACCUCUUUCUGCUCUACUUGAACAAUGCAAAGAUGUUCUCUUCAAAGGAACUCAAAUGGAUUUAUCAAAAACAAGACUCAGACUUUUUAAUAUGACCAAGCAAAUUCCAACUGAAUUUUUAAGUUCCAAUCUUGAGACUCGCCUCUCUGACUUGGAUUUCAAAAACUCAAGACAGAAUUUAUAUUUAGAAAAGGAUGUUGUUGACAACAAUGAAACAAGAGAGAACGGUUUGCCAGAACAAGUCAUUACUAUUUUUGUUAACAAAUUUGUCAAGGACAGUUUCGAAAAGCCUUUACUCUUGAGUGUCACCAAACAAACAUCAUUGACUCAUGUCAAGCAAUCCAUUGAAACUGUGACCUCCAUUCCUGCCUCUCGUCAAACCAUAAUUGUCACAAAAUUUGUAAAUAACUCUCCUAAGAAUUUUCUCCUGGCUGAGGAUGAUGGUUUGGUGCUUGAAGAUGGAGAUCAUGUCUAUGUGGAGGAAAAUGAUAUUCAAGAGAGUGUGGUGGAUACAACAAGUAAUCAAGAAUCCAAAGCUCUUGAACAUUUAUUGAUCAGUCAGAACACCAUUUCAUUGACUGUUGAAAAUUCGAAUCGGGAAAAAUUCUCAAUGAGUAUUGAUCGAAGACAGCCAAUUUUCUUAUUGAAGGAUAGAAUUGCUCAAAUUUUAAAUAAGCAAGCUGAAACCUUUACAUUGGCAUUUGGAGAAAGAGGUGAAGACAUGCACAUUCUUGACAAUCUCGAUGAUAAGAUUAGUUACCAUCUAUUUAAUGGAAGUAUUGUGAGAGUUGUUGAACAACAUCAACUUGAAAAACCAACAUUUACAUUGACCUUCUAUAUGGAGGAGGAAAUGAAUGGUCAUCACUCGAAUCGUUAUGAAAGAGAUGCUGAAUUGGAUCACAGAAAUAUGAUGUUUGAUGUGGACUAUUGUGCUGCUGCUGCCUAUCCUAAUAGACCAAUGACAAGAGGUCUUAAAAGAGCAGCUUACAACAUGAUGUUACAUGCUCCAGAAUUGGCAGAUGAAGCUGAAAUUGGAGAGGACAUGAAAAAACAUUCCAUUAUCUUUGAAGAUUCAUUUGGAAAACCAAUAAUGCAUAGAAGUGGUGGAAACAAAUUUAAAAAGUUGUUUGAUUUAACUCUCGAUAAGGAAAUUACAGUUCGACAAAUCAAGGAAUUGAUAUUCAACAAAGCCAAAGAAGAGAAAUCUGAUCUUAUCAAAAAGAAAGAUACUCUAGACAAUGUGAGAGUGAGAGAACGUCUUGAACAUCGAGAUUACGCAGGACGUAUCCUUCGAGAUGAAGAAAAACCUUUUUAUUCUUUGAUUAGCAACAAUGGUAGUAACAUCUCUCUUCGAUCUUCAAGACAAGUAAUUAUUGAACGUCAAGAUCAAACAGCAAUUAUUACUUUGGAGGAUGUUGUGAUUCGAGUGGCUCGAUUUAAACCAUCUUCAUGGAGCAUGAGUUGCAUUCGUGAAAUUAUUGUUCAAAAGAACACUUGUCUCUUCCAAUUGAAACAAAUUAUUCUUGGAUUGGAUGAUCAAAUUUCUGAAGAACAUUUGAAACUUGUGAAAAUUCCUCAUCAACUCAAUUCUUACCUUAGAGAUACCAAUUACAUGAUGAAACUCAAUUGGAAUUUGAACAAUUUAAGUGAUGAAUCAUUAAUUUGUCAAGAUCCAUGGUUUGUCACUGAUUGUGAUUUGAUAUUGUACAAGGAUGAGAGAGAACAAAUUCCAAAUUAUAUUUUAGAAAAGAAUGGAAUGGUCUCAAAAAAGAAUGAAGAACAUGUGAUGGCAUGUGAUGUACCUCCAUCUGCAGCUGCAAGAGGCAAAUCAUCGAUGAUGCGUGGUGGUGGUGGUCAGAGUGGUGGUCAGAGUGGUGGUCAGAGCGGUGGUCAGAGCGGUGGUCAGAGUGGUGGUGGUGGUGGUGGUGGUCAGGAUCAAGAACAAGGAAUUCGUUUUCGAACAAGAGAAGAAAUUGUUGAAUUGAAAAGAAAAAAUCUUUUUGACAGUCCAAGAUUCUUGAAUGGAGAUGAUGAUGAUGAACAACAAUUCCGAAUGAUCACUAAUGAUGAUCCUCAACUUGACACAACACUGUUGAGAGGUUCCAAAAAAGCCAAAUCGUGCUGA